AUGACUGCCGUGCCGGAAGUCUCAGCCACCAUCAACGACCUCCUGGCUCAACAGCAGGUGUUGAUACACUCCAUCACUCGAGCGCUCGAUAAUUUCAAAAAACUCGGAAGGAAUAACUAUACCGCUGCAAAGGUCCGAGCGCGAAUCGCUAGCUCCAAAGAAGUCUGGACGCAAUGCCUUCGCGUGCACUCGGCCCUCUUGCAAGUUAUUCCGGAGGCGAAAAGGAGCACGUACGAGUACUUUCAAAACGAACUGUUCGAUCAGGCCAAGGACAUCCACUUGACGACGUUGGAUUACAUGGCCGAGUGUCUGGAGGCACUCGCGCCGACGCCGCCGCCCCUGACAGCAAACCAAGCUUCGGGCGCCGCGUGCGGUCAUGGGCCGCUUGCCUCCUCAUUCUCACUGGCGCAUCUGCCGCCCAUCAACAUUCCGCCAUUCUCAGGGAAAUAUGAAGAUUGGGAGACGUUCCGCGAUCGCUUUACGUCCCUUAUUAUUAAAAAUCCCGACCUUUCUGCAUUUGCGCGAAUGCAUUUUCUCUCAUCAAGCCUCGCCGGGCGGGCUCUUGAAUCUAUUCGAAGCAUCCCAGUAACCGCGGAUAACUUUGAACUUGCGUGGAAGGCCCUCGAGUCGAGGUACGAAAAUAAACGCCGAUUAGUCGAGAUGCAUGUGUCCGCGUUAUAUAAUCUGCCGAGCGUUUCCCGCGAAUCAGCGAGCGAACUCAGCGAGCUUCGGGAUAAAGCAAAUCGCGCAAUUACGUCGCUGAAAAAUUUAGAUCGAUCCGAAUCCGACAUUCUUAGCGACAUGCUUAUGUAUAGCGUCACGCAAAGGCUUGAUGCCGCCACUCGGAAAGCGUGGAAACUAAAGGGUGGGGAUGACGCGCAAAUCCCAACAUUCAGCGAACUCGAUCGAUUCCUCGAUUCUCGUGCUCGCGCGCUCGAAGAAUUGCAUCCCGCGAAUGUAGACAAACAAGCUCGCGCGCAGAAAGCGACCAGCGCUACGGCAUCGGGAGCUUCUUCCAUUUUGUGUCCGCUUUGUAAAGCAUUUCACUUUCUACACAAAUGUCAAGUCUUUCUGAAGAAGAAUCCGAGUCAACGAUUGGAAGCAGUAAAAAAGGCAAAUCGCUGUGUAAAUUGCCUAAGCGACAAACACGCCGUACAGUUAUGUCAAAGCAAAUAUUCGUGCGGAACAUGUCGCAAAAGGCAUCAUUCGAUGUUGCACGUCGACUCGGACACUUCUACCACGAAAGAUACUUCUACCGCGAAAGAUACGCUUGCCGCGGAAAAUACUUCUGUCGCGACCGCAUCGAUCCACGAUGCCGCGCCCAUCACGACAUUAUUCUCGAGCGCGAAAGUGUCGUCGAUGCCUCCCGUGUUGCUCGCGACGGCGAGGGUAAGAGUCGGGUUCCCCUCCAAAUCUCCGAACGGUCGUACUCGCGUCGUUCGAGCGCUUCUCGAUCAAGGAUCAGAGAUGACCUUUAUUACCGAACGAUUGAGGCAAGGCUUAAGACUGCGUCGCGUUAGAAUGCCCGUCUCAAUCUCCGCUAUCGGAGGCGUCGACGCCGGAACAUGUCGAUACGCGGCCGAAAUUCAGAUCUCGCCGAUCGGCCAAACUUCUCUCGCGUUCAAGACCACUGCGUCCGUCAUGACAAGCUUAACGAAAUACACUCUGUCGCCCGUAACGUCGCCCGUCCAAUGGAGCCAUGUAGCCGAUCUCGCGCUCGCGGAUCCGGAUCCUACGAACUCGGACCUCAUUGACAUACUCAUCGGUGCCGACCUGUACGGCGAUUUGCUGCUCGACGGCAUUCGAAAGGGCUCCCGCGGUCAACUCCUCGCGCAGAAUACCGUUCUCGGUUGGGUGCUGUCCGGCCCCGCGGCUGACCCACAAGCUCGUCCUCGAACAGUCACGGCUCAGCACUGUUCUAAUACCCCGUCUCUCGACGAGGAACUCCGACGCUUCUGGGAAAUCGAAGAAAUCCCUCGCGCCAUUCCACUGAGUCCGGAAGAGCAACAGUGCGAAGAUCACUUCCUCGCCACUCAUUGGCGCCGCUCCGACGGACGAUACGUGAUUCGCUUUCCGUUCAAAACCGGCCCCCCAAUCGAGAUCGGUAAUUCUUAUCACUCAGCCGAGCGACAGUUGAAAGGUCUUGAACGCAGAUUAAACGCCGAUGAGAGAGUAGCGACGGAAUACCGCGCCUUUAUGGAGGAGUACGAGCGACUCGGCAUAUGA